AUGGCGGCAGCAACUGCUCAAAUUCAUGCUCUGGGUGCCACCAUUCACUUUGCUUCUGCAAACGUAACCGGGAGAAAUCCCCCAAAGACGGUGUUUUUGGGAACGAAUCUUAACAAUACGGCGUCGUUUGGACUCAAGAUAAAGAAUAGGGGUAGGAGAAGCUCGGGUGGUCGAAAUCCCCGCGUGAUGCCGCUCCGGGUUGUUGCGGAAAAAGUUGUGGGAAUUGACCUUGGAACUACGAAUUCUGCAGUUGCGGCAAUGGAGGGAGGGAAACCGACUAUUGUGACUAAUGUUGAGGGGCAGAGGACCACACCGUCUGUAGUUGCUUAUACCAAGAGUGGCGACAGGUUGGUGGGGCAAAUUGCAAAGAGGCAGGCCGUGGUGAACCCCGAGAACACUUUUUUCUCUGUCAAGAGGUUUAUUGGUCGGAAAAUGUCAGAGGUGGACGAGGAGUCCAAGCAGGUCUCGUACACUGUGGUCAGGGACGAGAAUGGAAAUGUUAAGCUUGAGUGCCCUGCCAUUGGGAAACAAUUUGCAGCUGAGGAAAUAUCUGCUCAGGUUUUGAGGAAGCUUGUUGAUGAUGCAUCAAAGUUUUUGAACGACAAGGUUACUAAAGCUGUUGUCACAGUUCCUGCUUACUUUAAUGAUUCUCAGAGGACAGCGACCAAGGAUGCUGGUCGUAUUGCUGGUUUGGAGGUUCUCCGGAUCAUAAACGAACCAACUGCUGCCUCGUUGGCUUAUGGUUUUGAAAGAAAAAGCAAUGAGACCAUUCUGGUUUUUGACCUAGGAGGUGGCACAUUUGAUGUUUCAGUUCUUGAGGUUGGUGAUGGUGUGUUUGAGGUUCUGUCUACUUCUGGGGAUACACAUCUUGGUGGUGAUGACUUUGAUAAGAGAAUUGUUGAUUGGCUUGCUACAAAUUUCAAGAAAGAUGAAGGUAUAGAUCUUUUGAAGGACAAACAAGCUCUUCAGCGUCUGACUGAGACGGCCGAGAAAGCUAAAAUGGAGCUAUCAUCUUUAACACAGACUAAUAUCAGCUUGCCUUUCAUUACUGCCACAGCAGAUGGCCCCAAACAUAUUGAAACCACUCUUACCCGAGCUAAAUUCGAGGAAUUAUGCUCUGAUUUGCUUGACAGGCUGAAAACUCCUGUCCAAAAUUCCUUGAGGGAUGCAAAACUUUCGUUUAGUGAUAUAGAUGAGGUCAUCCUAGUUGGUGGUUCAACCCGUAUUCCAGCUGUUCAGGAACUUGUUAAGAAACUGACUGGAAAAGACCCCAACGUUACAGUCAAUCCUGAUGAAGUUGUGGCCCUUGGAGCUGCUGUCCAGGCUGGUGUCUUGGCUGGAGAUGUCAGUGAUAUCGUCCUUCUAGAUGUGACACCGUUGUCUUUGGGGCUGGAAACCCUUGGAGGUGUGAUGACAAAGAUUAUUCCAAGAAAUACAACAUUACCCACUUCAAAAUCAGAAGUGUUCUCAACAGCUGCUGAUGGUCAGACAAGUGUUGAAAUUAAUGUCCUACAGGGUGAAAGAGAAUUUGUUAGGGACAACAAGUCUUUGGGCAGCUUCCGUCUAGAUGGAAUACCACCUGCCCCACGUGGAGUUCCUCAAAUUGAAGUCAAAUUUGACAUUGAUGCAAACGGCAUACUUUCUGUCGCUGCAGUUGACAAAGGAACUGGAAAGAAGCAAGAUAUCACCAUUACUGGUGCUAGCACAUUGCCUAGCGACGAGGUAGAGAAAAUGGUCAAAGAAGCGGAAAGGUUUGCCAAGGAAGACAAGGAGAAGAGAGAUGCCAUAGAUACCAAGAAUCAGGCUGAUUCGGUUGUUUACCAAACAGAGAAACAGUUGAAGGAACUUGGUGAUAAAGUUCCUGCCCCCGUUAAAGAGAAGGUUGAGGCGAAACUUGGAGAGCUUAAGGAUGCCAUAUCGGGUGGUUCGACCCAAGCCAUUAAGGAUUCUAUGACAGCCCUGAACCAGGAAGUGAUGCAGCUUGGGCAGUCGCUAUACAAUCAACCAGGUGCUGCACCUGGUGCUGGCCCAGCUCCUGGUGGUGGAGCAGGCCCUUCGGAAUCAUCAGACAAGGGACCCGAAGGAGAUGUCAUAGAUGCAGAUUUCACGGAUAGCAAGGGAAGUGGAUACUACCAACCCCAGGCCUUCAAGAUCCUGCCACCGUUGUUUUUCUUUUUCUUGCUGUUUGGAGAUGCUAGUAAAGCAUACUGGUCAUGGAUCCUGCUAUACCUUUCAGAAACAGAUGAAGAUCUUCUCAAUGAGAAAGCCCUUGAGCAUAGUUGGAACGAAGAAGAUAUUGAACCAUUUCCGUUCAAUUUUAAUGCACCAAAUGCCUUCCCAAUGCUAUAUUCAUCCUCUAACUCUGAAGAGAAAUCACGGGUUUUAACCGCUGAUUCAAUACUGUGA